CUGUCCUUCUACACGGACGGGCGGAGCAGUGAAUUGGCGCCUGCACAGGUCCGGAAAGGGUACACCGCUGCGAUUCUCUACGCGCAGCGUCACACAUUCAUGACCUCUGAAAGGGGAAUCCGUCAUGAGGAGCAUACGAAUAUCAAGAUAUUUCCACUAUCCCUAAACAGUUUGCUAGCAUUGAGCGACCGGGCCUGUCAGAGCGCUGGCUGGAAUGAGAAAGGCCACAAGGCAGACUGCAAGCUUCUCAAGGAUGCCGAUUUGAAUGGAUUGUUUUCUCUCAAGUGGGAUAAUUUUGAAGGCCAUGUUGGAUUUCCCUUGAAUACUGCAACGGUCCAGAAAAGGCUUGGCUGA